UGGAGGAAGAGGAAAAAAGCUGGAAAGCAGUAGUCUCCCACUGGAAUCUUGGCUCGAGGUUAAUAGACUCACCUGUUCAUAACAGCCUUCAGCUGUGCUUUGCGAUGAUCUGUCGUAAUGUUGGAGCCUGCAAUAGCCUCCGGCUGAAGAAGACCUAGCUAAUACUGAUGGACUACUGCUGACCUGGUGUAUUUCCAGAUACAGUCCAUGAGAACAUUUUGUCCUGCCUUUAAAAUACUGUCUACUGUACAUGUCAAAGUAACAUCCAGUCAGACUUUGCAUGGCAUGAGGCAGAAACAGGAUUUUCUAGCACGGAGCAUUCAGGUUUUGACAUGGGCAGCAGAGGGAGAGUGCUAUGAACUUGACUGCUGUAGCUUCAUUUUGUGUUCCGGUGCGACCCACCGUGUGAAAAAGGGCACGAUUAAGGCAGCAAGUGGAGCAGUGACUGCUGUAUUGUGGAUGAGACCCUCUGGCAGGACAAGACACAACAUCCCGCUGUGGCACCAGCUGUCUGGCAUCAGCACUGAGAAGUGGUGUAUGGCAACGCUGGGUUGAGACGCCUACCCGUGAUGAUUCCACCAUCUGCAACGACCUCUGUUAGUGAUGCUGUGCUCUUGCCGAGUGUGGCUUCUCAGGAACUCUGGAGGUCGCAAGUUCCAGGCUAUUCUGGAUUGGUCACACGGCACAUAAGUCAUCGGGCCAACAACUUCAAGAGACAUCCAAAAAGGAGAAAACACAUCCGCCCUUCACCACCACCACCGCCAAAUACUCCAUGUCCUAUUGAUUUGACUGAAUUUGGGGAUCUCCAGCCUCAGAGGUCUUUCCUAGAACUCCUGUUUAAUGGGUGCAUUCUCUUUGGGCUGGAGUUCAGCUAUGCCAUGGAAACAGCCUAUGUUACCCCUGUGCUGCUUCAGAUGGGGCUUCCAGACCAAUUGUAUGGAAUGGUGUGGUUCAUCAGCCCUAUAUUAGGGUUCUUGCUACAGCCUUUGCUGGGGGCCUGGAGUGACAGAUGCACAUCAAGAUUCGGGAGGAGAAGACCUUUCAUUCUGGUCUUAGCAGUAGGAGCGUUGCUUGGGCUCUCGCUUAUGCUGAAUGGCAAAGAUAUAGGGAGUGCCUUGUCUGACACCGCGAAUAACCACAAAUGGGGGAUCAUUCUUACGGUUUGCGGUGUUGUCCUCAUGGACUUCAGCGCAGAUUCAGCAGACAAUCCCAGUCAUGCCUACAUGAUGGAUGUAUGCAGCCCAGUGGAUCAGGACAGGGGCCUCAACAUCCACGCUUUGUUAGCAGGUCUUGGAGGUGGCUUUGGUUAUGUUGUUGGAGGAAUACACUGGGAUAAAACCAGUUUUGGAAAAGCUGUGGGAGGGCAACUUCGCGUCAUCUAUGUCUUCACCUCAGUUAUACUGACUAUCACCACUGUGCUGACUCUAGUUAGUAUUCCAGAAAGACCCUUAAGGUCCUUUAGCAGGAAGAAAAAGGUGAUGAAGAGUCCAAGUCUUCCUCUUCCUCCUUCUCCACCUCUCUUCGUUGAGGAGGGUGUAAAUGAAAACUUUGUUUCUCAUAACUCAACUCACUUGUAUGCAAGUUUUACAAGUCCUGUUUCCCCCCUCAGCCCACUCACACCCAAAUAUGGCAGUUUUGUCAGCAGAGACAAUUCCUUGACAGGAAUUAAUGAGUUUGCAUCAUCAUUUGGGACUUCAAAUAUUGACAGUGUGCUUAUAGACUGUUUUACAGGCGGGCACAGUAGUUCAUUAGCACUUCCAGCUAGCUUGCCCAGGCAGCCUGUCAGUGUCAGCUUUCCUCGGGUACCUGAUGGCUGUUACCAAGGAGAAAAUGGAGUUCCGGAGCAAGGGGAGAGCAGCAUAACACCGGGCUCUGACGGCGAGGCACUAAGGGUGGGCUCGCUGGAUGCAAUAAAGCCACGGUCGUCGGGGAUCCUGAAAAGACCUCAGACUUUGGCCAUUCCAGAUACCGUGACAGGACACUGUCCAGAAAAUAGCAGAAGAAGAAAUGUAACCUUCAGCCAACAGGUUGCCAAUAUCUUGCUGAAUGGUGUUAAGUAUGAGAGCGAGCUGAAUGGAUCAGGCGAGACCUCUGAGCAACCACUCUCCAUGAAACUUCUUUGUUCGACCAUCUGCCAGAUGCCCAAGGCUCUUCGUAACCUCUGCAUCAACCACUUCCUAGGAUGGCUUUCGUUUGAGGGGAUGUUACUCUUCUAUACCGAUUUCAUGGGAGAAGUGGUGUUUCAAGGGAAUCCGAAAGCGCCUCACAACUCAGAUGAGUAUCAGAAGUACAACGCUGGGGUCACCAUGGGCUGCUGGGGAAUGUGCAUCUAUGCAUUCAGUGCUGCUUUCUAUUCAGCUGUGCUGGAGAAGCUGGAGGAGCGGGUCAGCACACGGACGCUGGACUUCGGUGCAUAUUUUUUGACGCUGUACUUCGUGGCAUAUUUGGCCUUUGGGCUGGGGACGGGGCUGGCCACACUCUCCAGAAACAUCUAUGUGGUGCUGUCACUGUGCGCUACCUACGGCAUCCUCUUCGCCACACUCUGCACGCUGCCCUACUCCCUGCUCUGCGACUACUACCAGAGCCGUGAGUUUGUAGGCUCCCAAGUGGAGGGCACACGGCGCGGGAUGGGCGUUGACAUCUCCCUGCUGAGCUGCCAGUACUUCUUGGCACAGAUCCUCGUGGCCCUGGCCAUGGGGCCGCUGACGGCAACUGUGGGCAGCGCCAGUGGCGCCAUGUACUUCGCCAGCUUGGUGUCCUUCCUGGGCUGUCUCUUCUCCUCCCUCUGCGUCACCUACGAGUCUCCACCUGUUGAGGAGUUGCCACCUGCUGAGGAGCAGCGCCCACUCUUGCCCCAUGCGCGGAACGAAUAAAUGGGAGAUGCCGCCACAGCCUCUGCUGCCUCGUUGCAUCCUCCUCGGCCUCCCCAUCGCAGCGUGGUGGGCUCGUGCACCCCCGGGACAGCAGCAGUGGGCAUGGCAAACGGUGGGAAGGUCUGCGCUGGCUUCGCUGAGCUUUCCCCUGCCCGCAGGAGGGUGAGGGGUGAGUUAUGGUGCCUGGCACCGCUUAUCCUUCCCCUGAGGUGGCAAAGGCCCAUCUGUGCCCGCGGGGCCACAGCAACAGGAAGCGUUGGUGUCAGCGUGGGGCCAUUCCCUCCAGCUGCCCCGUGGUGCCAUCAUUGCCGGGGGGACAAGUGGCGUUGUCCAGCCUGAAGUAGGGGACCUGGAAGUCUGGUGCCCAGGCAGGGCGACCGUGAUCUCUCACGUGGCAGCGAGCUGCAGGGCUGCACACACUGCCACAGGCACCACCACUGUGGGAGCACUGGGGCCGUGGCGCUCCACCAGCUUUGUGUGCAGAAGGUGCCAUCUCACGGCCAGGCAGAGCGGCCCAGUCCUCCGUUGCCAAGGGCAGCAGUGACUCCCUUUGAGGCCUUGUGGAGAAAUGGGGCCAACCAGCCGGGUCCCGGCCUCUGCCUGUGGUAGGCCUGGCUCUGAAGGGCACUUUUCAAAACUCUGUAAAGGCUGAGAGCGACUGGUCUCGCUCGGGUGGCGUAAGUACUCUGUCAAGUGCCACGGCUGGGCUCCUGGGCACACAGAGCUCCCAGCAGCAGAACUGCUCCAAGAAGCAGCUGUGGGGUUAAACCGCAGCAGCCUGGCUCCCAAACCCUGCUCUGUAGGUUCUGUCUGUGCAUCAUGGUGAUGGUUGCCAAUAGGUGCAUGUUUCCUUCCACAUUAGACUUCUAACUAAGACUUACAAGGCCUUGUGAUGACUUAGCAGGAGGCUGGUCAGUUGUCCAUAACGCAGCUUUGGAGAGAAGGGUCUUUUUGAGUCAGCUUCCCUUGGGUAGAAGCUUACUCUCAAAGUUAAGUUGAGAAUUUAAGAAAAAUCAUUUGUGUGAAAGCUUGCAGCACAUCAUCCUUGUUUUUCAUAUAGUUGUACCUUGUGACAUUUUAAAAUCUGCAUGGGGAUAAGUGAUUAAGUACUUGUCAGCUACAGCUGCAUCUUCUGUAUCUCACUGAAACUAGUGAAAGGGCUUUGGGUUUCAUUAUCUUUGAGAAUUCUUAAUUAUUCUGAUUUUGGAAGGUAGUAAAUGGGUGAGAUCUUGUACAAGUUCCAGUUAAGCCCAGGAGUCUUUUAAGUCUUGAGAGCAAAGAUGACAAUGGAAAUAAAAACUCUUUCUAGGAUUCCUGUUAGCCUGCCUCUGUAUUUGGGUAUGCAGUCAAGUUUUACCAAGGCUGAUGGGCAUUUUGGUGUUUGUGUGCUGUGCAUGGCAUCCCCAUAGAGGUUAUUUUUGCUCACCUGGUCUUUAGGUCCAGAAGAAGGGUUUUCCCUGGAGGGUCAGUCGUUUUAAAUGAGUUGUACUUGACUGUUCACCUAAGUUUAUUCUGAUGCUUGAUCUAUGAUGCCAAGAUGAAACAACUUGUGUAAUCUUUAGCUGUUGUGGCUUACUAUACUCCAGUGCUGAAAGCAUAAUGCACAACUUGUAAGAACCUCUUGUUUUUAUCAUCCACUCCCGAGUAUUUCUUUUUAUUUGAGAAGCAAGUUUCAUGCUACUCAGUAUUUACUUAAAUGGAGGAACACUACUGAAGUUAUGAUGUCAAGCACUCAGAGGUAAAGGACUGUUGGAUUGAUGAGUCUAUUCAUCUUUCUUUGUUUGGGCUUACGUAGUGCUGUACCUGAAGGAAUAUCUGUGACAUGCUGUUUCCUUGAUUAUGGGACAGCUGUCUCCGAGAAUGUUCAGGAUGAAGCUGGAACAAAAUAGCAUGAGAAACUGUACAUUUGGUGCUUCUGACUUCUGACAAUCUAAAGACUUCGGAGAAUUUUUCUUUUCUUGUUGGUCAGCUGUAUAACCUUGAUUUCUCUUGCUUAUCUUGCUGAACUUUUAAACUCAUAAAUGUUUUGGUUUUUCUUUGGGGGUCCCACUAGCUAAUGUGGUACUAGUUCUUAAAAUGUUUUCUCCUCUUAGGUUUUGUAGCCAGCAUUAUUGCACUAAAUGGAUCAUGAGCACUCUCCUUUCCUAGGUAGCUGGAGCUGCAGAUCAUUUUGUUACAAGCAACGAUGUUCAAAGGAUUCAUAGAAUUGAUUAAGUCAAUGUAUUUGAUGGUAACGUUUGUUUCUGCUUCCAUCUGUAAAUAAUAUUAUGAAAUAUGUUUAUGUAGUUACAAAACUAUCGCUAGGCCUGUCUGCAUUACCUAAUAGAAUAUCUAUUACAUUUUCUAUUUUAUGGUUUGCAUUUGUAUCUAUGUAGUGUUCACAUAAAUAGUACUUUUAAGUGAACAUCAGUGUAUGUUAAUUUGGGGCUUCAAGCAAUACUGGUGGUGUCUGGAAAAAACCCAGGGCCUGCCACCAUCAUGCAGAGUUGGAAGUCACACCAAAUCCAUAGAAAUAACUUAAAGAAAGAGGCAUUGCUUACUUGCUUAUUCUUUUACCUUGUCAUACAUUUUGUGUUUCACAGAAAUUACUGUACGUGGUCACUGUUGAACUGUGAGGUGUGAAGUGAUGUUUACCUUUUGGAAUCCAAAUGCUUCAAAUAUUCUGUCUAAAUCUGUGAGCUGCUGUUUAGAAGCAAGAAGCACGAGUUUAGGCAGGAAAGUGAUUUUACGCUAUGCUGUGGUUUAAUCUCUUCAGCGGUGCCUAAAGGUCAAUUUUGAUGAAGUCCUUGUCAUUAAAGGCUGCUUGAUGGCAAUUAUUUGUGAAUGUUCAGAAAUAUAUUUACAGCAGAUGUACAGAAGCAGGGAAGAUGGGGAGAAGGGUGGAGAAAGCACCUACAUGUUUUUAAUGAAGCUACCAGUAACCAUUUUAGCGUGUCUGCCGUUCAUUCAACCUCUACCUUGUCUCUCAAAAAAGACAACGUAACAAUUUUGGAACUUCUGCUGUAUCUUUGAAUGAAGAAAAUAAGUCUUUUCAAGAAUCCAAUCAAAUAAAAUUGCAUGAUUGUAUAUGUAAAAAAGGAAAAGCUGUAUUGGGAACUAUUUGAAAAGACUGUCUAGACAAUUUAUUUUCUGCUAAUGAGUAAUUAGUCAUCUUGUACUCUAUGGGACGUGCACUUUAUUUUAUUAAAGAAAGAAUUUGUCUUUGGGUAAAAGAUGGCCUUCUUAAUGUAUGUCCUCUCUCCCUCAGACUGGGAGACAGCCUUAGUGAGAGACUUGUAGAUGCCAUUACCAUAACACCCCCCAAUGGAUUUCAUUAAGUACAAUAAACCUCUUGAGAAUUCUGUGUCUGCUGAGGCUGAAAUGCCAAGGGAGAUCUCCAGCAUCUGUUUAAUUUUUCUAAAGCGACAUUUUCCAUAUCUCCUGGUUGUUAAAACAUAAUGAUUCAUUUAGCCUAGCUUUUCUGCUGGGAAGGUUUUUGUUGAUGUUCACUAAGGAGAUGGCUGCAGCAACUUCCCAUUACUAUUACUCUGCCCCAAGCUGCUGCUUCUGUAGCAGGGUCAGUGGAAGGAAAGGCGCUAGUGAAAGCAGGCCUGCAUUUAAGGCGGCAAAUUUCAGGCUGUAACACCCAAGACAACAACAAAAGCUUUAAGGCAGCAGCAUCAGGACAGGCUUGCAGUCUUGUAUUAGAAUCCUUAGUGUUCUUGGUGUUGCUAUCCAUGCU